UGGCGGGAAGAUGGCGGCCCCCGGGGAUGGGCUGGCAACAGUGGAGGCAGAGGGGAUCGCGGGGCGCCAGGCGAGCUCAGGAGUGGAGGCGGUAUUUCCUUCCGAUCCCGCCACACCCGCCCCGCUGUGUCCUCACGGACCUACUCUUCUGUUUGUAAAGGUGAACCAAGGGAAAGAAGAAACACGGAGAUUUUAUGCCUGCUCAGCCUGUAGAGAUAGAAAAGACUGUAAUUUUUUUCAGUGGGAAGAUGAAAAGUUGUCAGGAGCUAGACUUGCUGCCCGAGAAGCUCAUAACCGAAAAUGUCAGCCUCCUCUAUCCCGAACGCAGUGUGUGGAAAGGUACUCGAAGUUUAUUGCGUUGUCCCUGUCUCAGAGAAAGUUUUGUCAACGAUGUCAGCAACUGCUGUUGCCAGACGAUUGGGAGAAGCAUCAGGAGCAUCGAGUAGUAGGCGAUAUUUCUAUCACCCAGUUGAAAAGGCCCAGUCAGCUUCUUUAUCCAUUGGAAAACAAGAAGACAAAUGCCCAGUAUUUGUUUGCUGAUCGGAGCUGUCAGUUCUUGGUAGACCUACUUUCUACCCUUGGAUUCACAAGAGUACUGUGUGUUGGAACACCAAGGUUGCAUGAGCUGAUCAGAUUGAAAGCAUCAGGUGAAAAGAAGUCUAACAUUAAAAGCCUUUUAUUGGAUAUUGAUUUUAGGUAUUCACAAUUUUAUAUGGAAGAUAGCUUUUGCCAUUAUAACAUGUUUAACCAUCACUUCUUUGAUGGAAAGGCUGCCCUUGAAGUAUGCAGAACAUUUUUACAGGAAGAUAAAGGUGAGGGAGUCAUUAUGGUGACAGAUCCUCCUUUUGGUGGCUUGGUUGAACCUCUGGCUGUUACAUUCAAGAAGUUAAUUGCUAUGUGGAAAGAAGGUCAAAGCCAAGAUAGCAGUCACAAAGAACUACCCAUAUUCUGGAUUUUCCCUUAUUUUUUUGAAUCCCGAAUUCGUCAGUUUUUUCCGAGCUUCUGCAUGCUGGAUUACCAGGUAGAUUAUGAUAAUCAUGCACUUUAUAAACAUGGGAAGACAGGUCGAAAACAGUCUCCUGUGCGUAUUUUCACCAAUAUUCCACCCAACAAAAUAAUCCUUCCUAGCGAAGAAGGGUACAGAUUUUGCCCUCUGUGUCAACGAUAUGUUUCCCUAGAGAAUCAACACUGUGAGCACUGUAAUUCUUGUACCUCCAAGGAUGGCAGGAAAUGGAACCAUUGCUUUCUCUGCAAAAAGUGUGUAAAACCUUCCUGGAUCCACUGUAGCAUCUGUAGUCACUGUGCUCUUCCAGAUCAUUCUUGCGGGGGCCCUAAAGAUGGCUGCUUUAUUUGUGGUGAAUUAGACCACAAACGUAGUACUUGUCCUAAGAUCGCUGCAUCUAAGAAAGUGAACAAAGCUGUCAGAAAGCAGAAGCAAAGAAAAAGUAAUAAGAUGAAAAUGGGGACCACUAAAGGACAAUCCAUGAAUCAUACAUCUGUUACAAGGAAGAAGAACAGGAGAGAAAGAGCCCAUCAAUAUCUUUGCUCUUAAAUGUCCAGUGACUUGAGAAUAAGAAAGAUUUAUAGUCCAACCUUUGAUGCCAUUUUCUGAAAGUGCCACACUGGACUUAAAUUCUGUUGCUUUCAAAGGUAUGCACCUUUCUAAGGCAGAUAAUAGGCAGGUGGUAUUUGCUGGUUUAUGGACCCUUCUCCAGCCUCUCUGGGGACCUGGGGAGGUGUUGCAUCCUGAACUGGUUGACCAGAUCUCUCUGUGUGCCUUUUUUUCUCUCUUUAAAUCUCACCCAAUCAUAUGAUUUUGGCCUCUUUUGAAAAAUGGGCAAGCGUGUUCUUUUGCAGAAAGUGUCAGAAGAAAAAUGAAAGUGAAAACUUGAGGUCUUGUUUACAUUGAACACGAGUAUGUUAAAUUAGGUCCAGAAAUGUUUUAAGUUAAAUAUCAAAACGUGUGAUGACGUAAACCCCACUUGCAAAGAAAAGUACAAUGAACAAUUAUUUUUUUUUUUAAAGAUUUUAUUUAUUUUGAGAGAGAGUGAGAAAGAGAUUGAGCACAAAGGGGGCAGGGUCAAAGGGUGAAGCAGACUCCAUGCCAAGCAGGGAGCCCGAUGCGGGAGUUGAUCCCGGGACUCCGGGAUCAUGACUCGAGCCAAAGGCAGUUGCUUAACCAACUGAGCCACCCAGGCUCCCCUGAACAAUUAUUUUUAGACAAAGAUAAUGGGAAGAGUUUUGACAAAGCUAAAGAUAUAAAGAUUAUAAUUAUGAUUUUAUUAUUAAAUAUUUGUUUCUCAAGUACUUUUUACAGUAUCCUUUGAUGUAAUAGAGUCAUUUAAAUGUUGUAGGAUGAAUGAGACAUUUAGAGUUAUGACUUGCUGUGUCAUCUCAGUGUCUUUUAACCUAAGCAGUAAGGUUAUUUCUUUGUAAAAGUAAUAGCAGAAGGCAGGAGAGUUUGGGGAUUAAAACCUCUCAUCUCUGUUGGGACGAACCCUUCCUGACUCUGUCCUUGACCAGGUCAUUCACUCGCAGCCUGUUUCUUUGUUAUUAUGUAAUUAUUUUAUUAUAUAACAGUAGUUAUACCACAGGCUUGUUUUCGGGGUGACGUUAAAUGAGGCACAUGUGCCUGGCUCUCAGUUGUGUUGGUGAGAAAUGUUAACAAAUGUUAACCAGCAGAUAGCUGGAGCCCUCAUGGUAAUCAUCUGGUGGUCCAGGAUCAUAGCAGGGAAGGGACUGGGCUUGAACUCUGAGAACAAACAGUUCGUCUCCCCAUUUCUCUGCUAGGUACCUGACAUGAUCGCCUUCAGAUUGCAUACUUUUGAAUUGCUUGCAUUUGCAUAAUGACUUUUCUCUUAUUCCCAAACAGCUGCUUUAGAGCAGGUUUGGAGGCAUGCUUGCUUGGGCUUAGCUAGAGCCCUGGGAGUGAGGGUACAAGAGCUGCACCCCAUCUGGCCUGGAAAUUCUGUCUGGUCUUAAAGUUAGGACUGUUUGAUGCUUGAUGUGGAAGGCACAAGCGUGGCCCUGAUCAGUGGAUAGGGGCGUAUAUCUGGCGGCAUCAAAAGAUGAGCUAAGCCCCCUGGACUUAACAAGCAUCAGAAAACCCUUCCCUUGCCCCCUUUUCCACGUGGGUUGCUAUGGUGAUCAGAGGGAUGGAUUCAGAGGUGACUGGGUGAGAUAUGAACCUUUUGCAGAAUCAUUGUGAGUGUUCCCCCCACCCCCGAUUCAGCCACAGGCCUAGACUUUACCUGACUUUCAUGUUGUCCCCCAAAACCAUGGUAAAAUCUCUUGAAAUCUCCCCUGAAACUCAGACACCUGAGGGACCAUGAUUCCUGAAGAACUGGGUCCUGCUGGCCAGGGGUUAUCAUCACCCCAUUUCCUGAGUUCUAAGGUACCGUCAAUUGUAAAAUGCACUGUUGAUGUGAUUGUAGCCUUUCAGGGGGAGGAACCCCAUAGCUCAUUAAUUUUGUGCAUUAAAUUUUAGGGGUAUCCUGUUUUCAGAAAUACUGAAAUGUGAAAAAAAAGUACACCUUAGAAUUGAAAUAGGGUAUUACUUAUAAUCAGGAAUUAUGUACUUUAAAGCUUUAACUGCUUAGGAAGUUAAAAAUAAGAGACUUGGUGAUUCUGGGGCCCCCUGGGUGGCUCAGUUGGUUAAGCGUCCAGCUCUUGAUUUCGGCUCAGGUCAUGAUGUCAGGGUUGUGAGAUUGAGCCCCAUGUUGGGCUCUGCAUUCAGCGGGCAGUCAGCUUGAGCUUCUCUACCUCUUCUCCUACCCACCCCCCACCCCGCUGCCAAUCAAUAAAUCUUAAAAAAAAAAAAAGAAAUUUGGUGAUUCUGUUCUUUGUUCAAUUAAUACUAAUUUUAAGGAUUUUCUUUUCUCAGGGCGUAAACUAAUAGGAUGUAAAAAUGUCUCUGGGAGGUAAAGUGGGAUGGGAGAUGAAGUCAUUUGUUCUAAUUAGAAAUCUGCAUAUCUGAACAUUAAGAUACCUACUCAAAACAGUAAUAGAGGAAAAUCCCUAAAUUUGACACAUAAAACUUUCUAAGCUUUUUAAAAGGAUGUUUUUCUUAAAUUAUGACAGCUAAAUUUCAUUGCCCUUCUUGCUUAUGUUACAAAAUUUAAGGAAAUCCAGAGUUACUUUGUAGGCCCUGAAUGAUCAGAUUUCAGGUUUUUCUUACAUUUAGUUUGGUAUUUAGACUAAUUUAUUUCUUCAGUAUGCCCCACUGUUUUCAUCUCACCCUCUUCUUUCUGUUUGGAGUGUUUCCCUCCAUAUGCCAUGUAUUAAAGUCUUAGGGAGCCUUCAGGCCCUGGCCCAAGUCCCACUCUCUUUGGGAAGUCUUGCCUGAGUCCCCGCUACCAGCCGGUACCUUCCUCUCUGAAGCCUGGGUGUUCGGCAACCACAUUUGAGGCACUUUUCAUGUAUUAUUCUGUGAUUAGAUUUACAGAUUCUACUUCCCCCAAAGAUUUCAGUUUCUUAAUGUCAGUACCCAUUUUAUACCAUCUUAUAUCUCUCAUGCAUUAUAGGUGCUCAAUAAAAAUUUGAUGAAAGCAUGGAAUUUUCUAGAAGUUUCCAGAUGGUGGGUGCAUUAGUUUUAGGGCUGCCAUAACAAAAUAUCAGAGACUGGCGGCUUAAAUAACAAUAAUUUAUUUUCUCCCAGUCCUGGAGGCUGGAAGUCCAAGAUCAAGGUAUUGGCAAGUUUGGAUCUUCUGCUGCCUCUCUCCUUAGCUUACUACCUUCUCACUCUUCCCAUGGUGUUUCUUCUGUGUGUAUGAUUCCCCGGUAUCUCUUGUAUCCAAAUUUCCUCUUCUUACAAGGAUACUAGUCAGAUUGGAUUAGGGCCCACUCAAUGGCCUUAUUUUACCUUAAUUUCCAUUUUAAAGGCCCAUCUCCAAAUUCAGUCCCAUUCUGAAGUACUGGGGGCUAGGGCCUCAGCAUUUGGAUUUAGAGGAUACGAGUCAAUUCUUAACAGUAGGCAUGCCUAAGAUAUGGAGAGGACUUGGUCUUUGCUCUUUCUUGUAUUUAUUUUUCAUUUUUAUUCAUUUAUUUUUGUUAAGUAUGUGGGGCUUGAACUCAUGACCCCUAGAUCAAGAACUGAGCUGAGAUCAAGAUCGACCGACUGAGCCACCCAGGCUCCCCUUGGUCUUUUCUCUUUCCUAUAAGGACUGAAAAAAGGAAGACAGACCUAAACAAUAUUGGCAGGUAUUUAGAGUCAGUAGGAAGACUGUCUUGAUACUGAGGGUUUAGAUGUGUGUUUAAGGUUGGGAUGUGCUGUGUGAGCAAGAUUGAUAGCCUUUAAGCUUAGAAUAAUUCAGCUUCCAAAGUUAUUUUAAGAAAAACACUUAGGUUGAUGUCUGGUCCCUUCAAAGUCAUCUACAAAAUACGAGGCAUCUAGGAGAAGUUUGACUAAUUUUUAAAGUAAAAUCACAGCCCACAAAAGGUCCUGAUGUGAUGCUAUCUCCUUCACAAUGUCCUUGUUGGUGUCUCCACUGGAAUAGUAUAUAUCUUGCCAGUGAAAUAAAAAUAUGUGUGUU